AUGAGUAAUUAUUCUAAUAAAAUAAAUAUACUUUUUGUAUGUCUUGGGAAUAUUUGUCGCAGUCCAAUGGCUCAAGGUGUUUUUGCAAAUUAUGUUGCAAAACAUAAUCUUCAAGAUAAAUUUGGUUUAAUUGAUAGCUGUGGAACCUCUGCAUAUCAUAUUGGUUCAAGACCUGAUUCUAGAACUCUUUCAGUAUUAAAGAAACAUGAAAUAAUCCUUGAUCACCAAGCUAGACAAUUAUGCAAGGAUGAUUUCCAGAAAUUUGAUUAUAUUCUUGUGAUGGAUAUUUCAAACUUAGAAGAUGUUAAUUAUAAACGUCCUAAAAAUUGCCAUGCAAAAAUAAAACUAUUUGGAGACUAUGGAAUGAAGAAUGAGGAAAGGAUUGUAUAUGAUCCUUAUUAUGGAGGAAUAGAAGAUUUUGAAAAAAUUUUUACACAACUGAGUUCAUUUAGUGAAGGAUUUUGUCACGAUGUUUUAGGAAAAUAA